AUGUUUAAGGUGCCAGGUAUCUCGAUGGGAUGGUUUGAUGCUCAUGAAUGGUAUAUUAAGUACGAGCUAGUUAACUUGACAGUUUGGAAGGCACCACCAACAGCCUCAAGAUCCAGAAACCCUUCACAGGAGGAGCAGGUGCCAUUAGGCUCCUGUACUUCCUACCUCCCCUUGUCAGCAAUGGAGCCCACUAUGCUAAACGUAAAACAGAUUAAUAUGAAACACAAUAAACUGGCUACUGCUAAAUUAGCUAAGCUUAUUACAGGGGUGAAAUCCACCCUUCUUCUAAUACAAGAACCUUAUUGUUUUAGGGGAAUGAUUAAAGGCUUAGAAGGAACAGGAGGAAGAAUCAUCUGA